UGGAAUAGAACAAUGUUGCAGUCAUAUUGACCAUUGGUCAACAUUUAGUUCUUAAUGCUACUCAUCAGAAAUUACUGGAUUACUACAAUUACAUCUUGGAGCUUUGAUUAGAAAUCUCUCUACUCUAAUUGCUUGCAGUGGUGUAUAAAAUUUAUUCUAAAGUGAAGCCCCUUCAUGGCAAGAGGUCAGUUAAGCCUUCCUCCAUUAAUUUCCAUCAAGUGCCAAAUCAAAUUCAAACUCAAGAGCUGGAAACUGCCUCGAGAUCUUCCCUGGCGUAUUUCUCUUCGCUUGGGGACCUAAAGAUAACACAUUAUUAGGGAAUAAUUUUGAUUUUGGCGCUAUAUAAAUGCGCUACUUAGCAUCAAUUUCUAUACGGUGCCAAUCAUCUCUGUGCGUUCAUGUUCGUCGACAUUUUUUUAAUUGUUUAAUGUUUAUGUUCCAUCACUAUUCUUGUUGUCCGUAAUAUUUGUUCAUCUCAAGCUACAAUCUUUUUUCCCAUGCCGCGCUUAGAUGAAACAUGGCACAUCCCAGAGUCUUCCAACUCGCCAAUCUCCUCCAACCUUGCAUAAAAAGUAAAGCUUUGCUCUCUGGUAAGGCCGUCCAUGCCCAAAUACUUACUUCCGGCUUCUCCCUCGAUACCUUCCUCUCGAACCGCCUUAUCGAGCUCUAUUCUCAAUGCAAUCAAUUCGAAUCCGCCCUCAAUUCUUUUUAUGCAAUUCCCAACCCUAACGUCUUCUCUUGGAAUGCCAUCCUCUGUUCGGCUUCCAAAUCUGGCAACAUUGAUUUAGCACACCAACUGUUCGAUCAAAUACCUGAGAAAAAUGUUGUCUCCUGGAACACCAUGAUCGGUGCAGUGGCGCGAAGAGGAUCGGAAGGGAAAGCCUUGGACUUGUAUCAUGGAAUGAUUCAACAAGGAAUAAUGCCGAGUCAUUUCACAUUUGCGAGUGUCCUCAGUGCGUGUUCGAGCUUGAUUGAUUUGGUUGAUGGUAAGAUAUGUCACGGGCUCAUUGUGAAAGUUGGACUAGAUUCUAAUUUAUUUGUAGAGAAUGCUCUUCUUGCUAUGUAUACUAAGUGUGGGAUUCUAGAUGAUGCAACGAUACUCUUUGACGAGAUGACUCGACCAAAUGAAGUGUCUUUUACUGCCAUUAUUGGAGGCUUGGUGCAAAGCGGUUGUAUUGCAGAAGCAUUAAGGUUGUUUGCAAGAAUGCAUAGAAAUAAUGUCUGUAUUGAUCAGGUUGCAGUUUCGAGUGUUCUGGGUGCUUGUGCUAAAACUGAGGAAGAAGCUUAUAGUCCUGAUCAGAUAUCUUUCAGCUUUACCGUUGGCCAAGCAAUACACGCCCUUGUUUUAAAAAAUGGCUUUGAAUCGGAAUCCCAUGUUGGUAACUCGCUAAUUGACAUGUAUGCAAAGCAUGGAAACAUGGAGAAAGCUGACUUUAUUUUCAAGUCAUUGCCUUCAAUAAAUGUUGUUUCAUGGAAUGUUAUAAUUGCUGGAUAUGGGAAGAAUGGUGAUGCUGAGAAGGCUAUUGAUAUGUGGAAGCUGAUGCAAGAAUCUCAAUUUGAACCAGACGAGGUUACUUAUAUCAGUAUGCUUAGUGCUUGUGUAAAGUCUGGGGACGCUGAAACUGCUCGGCAAAUGUUUGAUAAGAUAAAGUCUCCUAGUGUAGCGUCAUGCAAUGCUAUUCUUUCUGGUUACUCUCAGAAUGAGGACCAUCAAAAAGCAAUGGAGUUCUUUAGGGAAAUGAAGUUUUCAAACUUAGAACCGAAUCGAACAACACUCGCAAUCAUUCUGAGUUCAUGCUCUGGAAUGGGAAUUCUUACUCUUGGAAAACAGGUUCAUGCUGCUGCUAUGAGGUUCAUACUCCAUGAAGACAUGUUUGUCUCUAGCGGACUUGUUGAUAUGUAUUCGAAGUGCGGGGAUAUUGAGGCAGCCAGGCAAGUUUUUGAUAGGAUGACAGAUAGGGAUGUUGUUAGUUGGAAUUCAAUGAUCACGGGUUUCGCUCACCAUUCUCUAAAUAGAGAAGCUUUUUCCUUUUUCAAAUCGAUGCGCGAAGUUGGAAUGUCUCCAACCGAGUCCUCCUAUGCUAGUGUGAUCAAUUCAUGUGCCAAAUUGUGUUCUUUGCCUCAGGGAAGGCAGGCACAUGCCCAGAUAAUAAAGGAUGGGUAUGACAUGGACACAUAUGUUGGAAGUUCUAUUAUCGAUAUGUAUGCCAAAUGCGGCAUAGUGAAUGAGGCUCGCUGUUUCUUUGAUAGCAUGCCAUUGAAGAACAUUGUUUCAUGGAAUGAAAUGAUACAUGGGUAUGCACAGAAUGGAUAUGGAGAGGAAGCCAUCAAGCUCUUUGAAUACAUGCUAGACGCCAAAAAGAAGCCGGAUUCUGUCACUUUUAUUGCUGUUUUGACUGCUUGUAGCCAUUCAGGGUUUGUUGAUAAGGGAAUACAAUUCUUCAACUCCAUGCAAAUUGAGCAUGGUAUUGAACCGUUGGCUGACCACUAUACUUGCAUUUUAGAUGCCUUGGGGCGUGCUGGCUGCAUAAGGGAUAUGAAGUUGCUAUUAGAAAAAAUGCCAUGUACAGAUGAUCCCAUAGUAUGGGAGGUUGUACUCAGUGCCUGUGUAGUUCAUGGAGAAGCCAACUUAGGCAGGAAAGCAGCUGAGGAACUCUUCAGAAUCGAUCCAAAGAAUUCUGCACCAUAUGUACUUCUAGCCAAUAUAUAUGCCUCUACAGGCAGAUGGGCUGAUGCAACUGCAGUGAGGAAAUUAAUGAGUGAUAGAGGAGUGAUAAAAGAUCGUGGGUAUAGUUGGAUUCAUAAUAAAAGAGGUGUCCAUGCAUUCAUGGUUGAUGAUUUUUUGGGUUUGGUGGAUGGUAAUGGCAGAAAAUCAAAUUUUGAUGCUCACUCACAUGAAAUUUGUGCUGCUUGAUGCAGGUGAAAAUGAGACUUCAAGGAGAAGCAUGGCUUUUACUAAUAUGUUAUGCAGUAAUUUGCUUUAGCAAGUCUGCUGCAGUUAUACAUUACUCAGAAUGUGUCCGUAAUUGCUCCAUCCAGGACAUGUUGGAUGCCACAGGUACUAAUCAAUUUGGGGCAGGUUGCAAUGACAGAAAAUCAAAUGUUCAAUGAUUCAAUCCCACUCACAUGAAAUAUGUGAUGCUUGAUGUCAGAUGGAACAUAAAGAGCUGUUUUCAAAUGAGAUGUAGCUUUACUAAAUGACAGAGUUAUAUGCAGUUAUUGGCUUUGCAAGUUCUGCAGUACUGGCAAGUCAAGGAAAGCGUGUAUGUGAUUGAUUCAUCCUUUUUUUGAUGUUAAGAAUACAAGACAAGCAUAUUUAGUGUCAAGUUAUUAAAGAAACCGGGAAUUUCAGAUUCAAUGGGUCUAAGUUUGAAGAUUGACUUCUUUCUGGACCAAGAGACUAAACUUUAGGUAGAAUUGACUGGACAAGACAGGAUUAUUUUUUCAUAACCAGCAACAAUGUUUCAGAAUUUUCUCUUGAAAAAUGCUUAAAAUUCAUGGGCAAUUUACAGAUAUAGUACUCAUAGCAUUAAGCUUUAUAUAUUUAACACCUAAACUUCACUAUCUCCAUCAUCUAGCACUCCGUUAAUGAUCUCAGCAGACACAACGAGGAAACAAAUGGAUUGUGCCAGUCUGCCUCAUGCCUUCAACUUCAUUGGAUCUCCUUGUAGCCUUGCAUGAUCAGUGCAGAAACGAGCAGAUUUGAAGGCACACAUAGGGCAGAUGUGGUGGCUGGUUUGUUGAAUCUCGCAGAGCUGGGGCUCGAGAUGCAAAUAGUAUAAAUGUGGCAACGGCUGGAGGCACGAACAAUGCAGAGGGUCGUGGCUAGGAGCGGCGGCUAAAAGAUGGGACCUGUGGCAUGUGAAGGUGACAGGACUGAGCACGUUGAAACGAGAGGGUAGCAAGAGGAGCUAUUUUUUAUUUAAUUCUGAUGUUUUGUUUGAGUAUAAUACAUGUAAAUAGUAAAAUUUAGGAGUUAAAUAUGAAAAUACUAAUGUUUAAAGUGCUAUAUAUAUAAAUCCCCCUAAAUUCAA